UUUGCAGACAAGGGAAACAAGCAGCAAUGUGACAGAGGACCGCACAUACUCUGCUGUUGUGCUUUUCACUCUGCAGCAUGAAGGAUAAUACGGAAUUCAAUAUAAUGCGUUAAUCUGCAAAGCUCACUUAACACGCUCUUUUUUCCUCUCUCGAAAGUAAGCUGUGAGGCAACAAACAUCAUGGUCAACAUCACAAAAGAAAGCUCGAGUAGUUUCUCCAUCAAGAGGCCCGAUCACAGCUUUGGAUCAUCAGUGUGGAUGCACUGAGCGUACUCAGUGAGAAAGCCUGUAAGAGCUGCAGUGAACGACGGGGGGAAAAGAAAAAGCAGAGCCGAGUGUUUUCAUAAGCUGCGGCGGGCUGUGGGAGCGAAGUGGGGGGAUGUCGAGCCGAAGUGGAGGAGCACCUCGGGGGUGCAGCAACCCCAGCCUGCAGCCCCUUAGAGCCACAGUCCCAUACCAACUCCAGAGGGGCUCAGCUCUCCUCAGUAGAGAGGUCAAGACGGCAGACAGAAACACGGCCCGUCCACCCAAACCCACCAUCCGACGUACUCUUUCUUUGGACGCAAUUGUCGGACCCUAUCUGCAGGGACAGUGGCCCAGAGAGGCAGAGGGGACAGUAGUUAGCUGUGUCAAUGAUAAAGCCACACAGACUCCAAGUUCCUGGGCAGAGGAGACCCGGGGAAGGCGAAGUGUUGGAGGACACAAGCGCUCAGCUUCUUGGGGCAGUGCAGAGCACCUAAGGGAGGUGGCUAAGCUCAGACACCAGUUGCAAAAGCGCUCCCGCCAUGCCCCUCCUUCAGCAGGAUGCGAGUUCCCCCACCACCCUGUGCCAGCAGGUCAUGCAGCAGGCAUCACUCAGACGAUGCCCCUGGUGCCGCUGAACAGACUUGCUCCACGGCUGCGACGGAGCGUUGAAGGCCUCAACUUAGAGCUGGAGGAAGUGUUUGUGUGUGAAAAACAAGAUGAUCAGCAUGAGAUUCUGGAUAUCCCAGAUGGCCACAGGGCUCCUGUCCCUGCCCAGAGAUGCAGCAGUGGUUCUCAGAGUGAGCCGUCACCGGGGCCACUGGAUCCUUCCCUCCUCUCUCCUUCUCAGUCCCCUUGUACUCUUGAUCCAUCACUUUUGUCACCUUCAGAUUCACCUUGUCCUUUGAAUCCAUCACUUUUAUCUCCAACCCAGUCUCCCUGCACCAUGGGAGAGCCAGAGCCUGUGGACUAUGAGACUUUGUGUCCCUCUCCAUCAGCUUCGCUUCCUUCAUUUGCACUGGAUCCUCCUCUGCUGCAGCCCUGCUCCUCUUCCCCUCGUCCCAACAAAACCUAUUCCUUUCAGCGUGAACCACCAGAAGGCUGUGAGCGAGUUCGAGUGUGUGAGGAAGCAGUGUCUGCCUAUCAGGACGAGUCUCUCCUCCAGCCAUCCUGCCCUGACCCCAAUAAAGUCAACUUUACCCCUCACGGAGGCUCAGCUUUCUGCCCUGUCAGUCUUCUGAAGCCCCUGCUCCCCUCCAUGGACCUCCUCUUUCGUGGCCUCUCAGUGUCUCCUGUCACUGGCUGCUCAGGUCAGGCCUCUCCUACCAGGCACCUGGGCAUGCAGUAGGUGGAUAUUUGAGCAGAAUCUCUCAGGACUGAACCAGAUUGCACUGCCAGGACAAGGAGAAACUGGAUGAUUUUUUUUUUUUUUUUUUAAUGCAUCAUGACAAUGGACAGUGUCUCAUCACUGCUGUAACAUGCAGGAUCACUGUGGUCAAAAUAACCUUAUGACUGUGAGGAUUUGUUGCUGUAAUACUUUAGCACCACUGUGGCCCUAAUUCUGGCUGCUCUCUCACUCUAUUUUUUUCUACCUGCAGGAAGCUUUGAUUCAGCUGGUAUUUACCUCAUCAGCAAUUAAACUGUACUAAAAUUCUCCUAUACGUGGCAUGAAUUAGACUGCAGGACUUGUGGAAAUGCUUGAAAAGCUUUAUAAAUACUUGCAUUUAUGAAAUCAUUCUUUUGGAUAAAAACUGUUUUAGUUAGAAUGCUGUUAAUUUUUCAUCUUGAAACGUGAAUUCACUGUCAAAAACUCAAGCACUUAGAACACACACUGUUACAAGUAUUGCCUUCUUUCUGUCCUAACUAUUGAUGGGUAUUCUAGUAGAGUAUUGUUGAGUUUAGAUAAACAUUUGUGUGGGUUAACUGAUGAAAAACAAAAUGUUACUUUUUUUUGUUGAUAGAAAUCAGUUUGAAAUAUUUUUGGCCUAUAGUUUACAAUGGCCUACUUUUCUACAGAUGUUUCUAGGAAGAUGUGUAUUUUUUGUCUUUAUAAGAAGCAGGCAAUGCUGCUUGUGUUUUCACUAUUCUGACUUGUGUUUUAUAAGCAGAAAUUUUAUAGCUUUAUUUGUCCACAGGAGGCAUUGUUGUUUUAACCAAACUGUUUUAAAUAAUUAGAGCAGGACACUCUGUCAGUUUGAGCCUUUUUGGACUCUGCAGCUUAGACCACAAAGUGUUAAUGGGGAGCUUGACUAUCCUUUGUUUGUUAUUAUUCAGAUGUAUUUUUCAUCAUAAGAAAUUACCUACAGGAUAAAUAAUGAGCAGAUGGCAAUGAAGAAUUGGUGUAAGCUCUGCUUUCUCACACCUUUUUUGGUGGUGUUUUAAGGUGAUAAUAGUUAAAAAUGUUACGCGUGCUGUUGCCUGUA